AUGGAGCAAAUACUAGAAAAAUUAGAGAAAAUCGACGAAAGAAAUGUAAGAAUCGAAAGCAAAAUAGAAAAAUUGCAAGUAAACCUGGAUAAAUUAAAUAAAGAAAACGAACAGUUGAAGGCAGAUAACAAAGCAAUGAGAACUAAAAUCACAGUACAAGAAGUUAGAAACGAAAUAUUGGAAAGACAAGCUAGAAGAAUAAACAUAGUAAUACAGGGGAUUGAAGAAAACCAAACAGAAAGCGAACAAGAGAUGAUAAAUAAGAUAAAGGGGAUAAUGAAAAAAAUCGGCGUACAAAUAAACCUAGAUGAAGAACUGGUAGAGAUGAGGAGAAUAGGCAGACAAGGUGAUCCCCAAAAUGUACCCAGACCCAUCAUAUUAGAAAUGAAAAAGGAAGCUACGAGAAUGGAAAUUCUGAAGGCUGCUAAAAACCUAAGAGGAACUAAAAUAUAUAUCAAUGAGGACUUCCCGAAGAAAAUACUAGAAGAAAGGAAGCAUCUUCUUCAUUACAUGAAAAUGGUACGCCAGGAAGGACACACAGCCGCAUUAAAAUACAACAAUUUAUACAUAAAUGGUGAACCGUUCUCACUGGAGCAACUAGAAGGCAUAGAUAUAAAUAUUGUCCAAAUAUAUUUUGUUGUUCUGAACAUUGGGCGUCUUCAGAUAAAUUAG